ACGACACCUCGAAGGCACUUUGAGGGGGACACCCCGUUGGAGCAAAUGCGUUGGUUGCUUUUGGUUGAUGGGGUGUCUUUAGAAAUUCGGGAUACUCUUUCAUUUGAAAACGGUGCUUUAAUGGUCUUCGACUUCAUUAAGAGGCGCAAGAACGAUGGAAAUCCCUAACUAUGCUUACAGAUUACGAAUCAAUCAUGACAAGGUUUUAAGAGAUUUAGAGCCAGGAAAGAUUUUAAGCCUUCUUUAUCAAGCAGAGGUUUUCGACCUUGACGACAAGGAUGAAGUGAAAGCAGGGAUAACGAGGAAGAAACAAGCCGAGAUACUGUUGGAUAAAAUAGUCCGUUCGGGAUAUCAAAAUUUGGUUAAGUUUGUGAACGCUUUACAAAAUACUCAACCACAUCUUCACCGUCUGCUUCAAGAGCCUGUUCACGGAGAAGAGCAGGCAGAAGGAGAUCGCAGAAUAAAUGAUAUCACAAGACAGCUUUACACAACUUCACUGAGCACUCACCAUGAACUCCCCAACUGCAUUAACAAAGCUCUGCGUCCAAAGAUUGGCAACACUGAUAGGGGAGCCGCUUUUUGUCAACCUUCUGAUGCAUUACCACCUCAAGAUGAAGGCUUUGUGAAACCAAUAGAUUGGAAUAAAAUACCAUCUCACAUAAGGCCAGAUUCAAAGCAUGUGUACCCCAUGAUGUCAAUACCCAGAGGGAUCGCAUUGAUCAUAAACAAUGAGGUUUUCCGUCAUAGUGCUGAUAUGACGGAGAAAGAGAAACAAAAUGAAGAAUUAGAGGUUCGCCUAGGCUCUGACGCCGAUGUCCAAUCACUUGAGACAUUGUAUGAAGCUCUGGAUUUCAAAGUGAAAACUGAGAGAAAUGUGGGAAGAGAAAAGAUUUUAAAGAUCUUGGAUGAUGUGUCUCAUGAAGAUCACUCACAGUAUGAUUGCUUUGUUUUAUGGCUGAUGAGCCAUGGCCAGAAUGGAUUAUUCUAUGGAGCUGAUGGAGACACUGUCCCAAUUGAGACCGUGCGGGACUUUUUCAGCAAUGCUAACUGCCCAUCGUUGAGUGGCAAGCCUAAGCUCAUUUUCAUACAGGCUUGUAGAGGCAAAAGAAGGGAAAAAGGUGUAGCAUCUGAUGCCCCAAAUGCAACAGCUCCCCAAUCACCACAACCUUCAACAAAUGAUGAUUUGUCAGGCAAUGCCAAUGGUGAGGCUACUGACAAAGGUUUUAAUUUUCAAGUCAAGAAAACCAUUGCUGACCAUGCCGAUAUUCUAAUAGCCAAUGCAACUAUCAGUGGUUACGCAGCAUUCCGAAAUAUGGAGAAGGGAAGCCGCUUUGUACGCUGUGUUGUGGAGGUAUUUAAAGAGAUGGCUGGCUAUGAGGAAAUUCUUGGCAUGCUCACAGAGGUAAACAGAAGAGUCAGUGCAAUGGGUGAAGUUCAUGAAAAACAAGUGUCAGAACCAUCAACAACCUUGACAAAAAAGCUCUUCUUUUGGCCUGGAUUGCAACAAAUAUAGACGUUUACAAAUGUUGAGCAGUCUUGUAGACAUUUCUUGAUCCUUAAUUAAAGGAGUAUUAUGCUUUAUGAUCAUAAUCAAUCUUAUUAUGUAUCUCCAAGUGUCUUUGAGUAUGUAGUAAACUAUAUGUAUGAUACAGGUCAUAUUUCGAGAUCCCAAAGAGUGGCUAAUUCUUUUAAAAUAUUGUCUGCAGUUGUGGCACAAAUAUGCCACCAUUUUGAUUUGUGUUCCAACCUUAAUUACCUGACUGCUUUCCUGUGGCAAAAUAUUAUAAAACCAAGGAGUUAAGAAAACCAAAGAAGAACAUGGCAAAGAUUAAUAUGGAUUGCUAAUAAAGAAGCUAGACUAUUUAGGUGUAACUUUUCAGGAUAGAUAUGCCAUUAUGUGGCCUUUUGAUUAAUAGAAAAGAAAAAUUAAGUACUUAAGUGUGACUGAUACCGGUAUUUAUUGUUAUUUGAUUCUCUAGACUUUUAGUUCUUUAUGUUUAUGGCUUAAUAGAAUCAAUUCUUGUACAUUUUUAACUGAUUGUUUUUAGAAUAUACUAGGGUCGUGGAUUACAUGUAAACUAGCUGAUUGGCUAAGUGUAAAUCCCACAUUAAAUGAAAAAAUUUCAUCUUUAGUUAUCUUAUAUUAUAGCCCACCCAUUAAUUUUAGCACGAUUUCAUUGGUUACUUCACGUCACGUGGUGCAAAAUCACAGGACAGUUAUCAUGCAAUAACCCCUGUCCAUGUCGAUAUUUGUCCUCCGAUUUUUUCCGCGAAAAAGAAACAUAGUCAACACAAGAGUUUCAACUUUUCUGCUGUUCUCCUAUUUACAUGGAAGGAAGCCAAAUUCGUUUUCUUGAGUCUAGUGAUAGUGACAUUAAGGAGCUGGUCGCAAAAGCAGUUCCGGGAAGUACAAAAAAGAUUUUGAACAGUAUGUUGGAAAAUGUGAACCAAAAGUGCCAAGUUUUCGAGUAUUUGAUCUAAGGAGCGUUAUAAGAGUUAAUUUCAAAUGAUAGCUGGUCAUGUUUUGGUCCAAUCACAGUGAAAAUAAAGUUAUUUAAACCAA